AUGUCAAAUAUUGAAUCACCAACAAGACCAAAAAAUAAAGAUGAUAAUUUUUUGUCAUCACACAGAGAACAAUAUAUAUUUUUAUUUGAAUUUUUUAUAUACAAAAUAACUGGUAAACGUUUGAGUAAAUUAAAUGAAAUGUUUUUUGUACCAACAACAGUAACAUUAAAUUUAUUAAAUAUAAAUUUUGAUGAUAAAAUUGAUAUAACACCAGUUGAUCCAAUGUUUGAACCACUUGCUGGUAUACCUGGUGAUUUUGAAACAUUUUAUACUGGUAAAUCAAUAAUAUUUGCAAUACCACAACGUAUUGUUGAUGAUAAAAAUACAAAAUUUAAAAUAAAUAUAAGUGUUAAAAAAAAAAUGCCAGAUGAUAUACGUCCAGAUAUAUUUGUUGGACAUGGUACACUUGAUUUAUCAAAUGAAUUUGAUAAAUUACGUGAAGAAAAUUUACAAUGUUGGAAUCAAGAUAAUUUAUUAUCUAAAAUAUAUGAAGGUAUUGUUGAUCUUAAUUAUGAAAAUAAACCAAUAGGUAUUGCUGAAGUAUUUGCUAGAAUAUCAAGUUUUGGUCCAUCAAUUAUUACAGAACUUGACUCAUCAUCAAUUAAUAAAUCAACACAUAUAUUUAAAAGUGAUGAAAUUGAUGGUAAAAAUUUAUCAUAUAAAUGUAGAAUAAUUGAUCCAACGGAAAUUAAUAUUUGUCGUGAGUCAAAUGAUAAUUUAACAAGUACUAAAAAUAAUUGUCAUCCAUGUGGUGAAAUAAAUGGUGCUGUUGUUAAAAAAAAUUCACCAACAAUUGUACAAAAUGAUAAUUAUACAAAAUUUAAUAAUAAUGAAAAAAAAAUUAUACAAACAAGUCGUGGAUAUAGCCAAGCACCACCAUGUGGUAAAGCAGUUGUAUUAAAAGUAUCUGGUUUAAUUGAUGAUGAUGGAAAUAAAAAACCAACUGUUACUGUUGAUUCAAGAUUAUCAGAACCUGAUCCAGAAUAUGAUAUUUUUGUAUUGAGAAUUGGUAAAAAAGGUCUUGUUGGACCAGAUGAAAAAUCUGAUAUACAACUUGAAAUGAAAACACCAAAAGGACCUGAUAGAAGACCACCAAUUAGAUAUGAAACAAGAGACAUGCAAACUGAUGAAGAAAUAAUACCAAUUAUUGAAAAAAAAUCUAAAAAAAAAAAUAAUAAAAAGAAAAAAAAAAAAUAA